UAGUCAUAUACGCGAGCUUGAUGAUGUCAUGUUUGGAACUCACUUGAAGCGAGAGAUAGAGAUGCUAGAGAAAGAAAGAGAAAGAGAAGUUGAUAUUAUUGGUUAUUCCAUUGCGUUGCCAUGUCUGUAGAAGACAUAUAUUUAUAAAAUAAAUGAAUUAAUACAUAUAACGGUGUGUAAAAAAGUGCUAUUGUAUUUUGAAAGGGAUUUAAAUAGAAAGAAAAGAAAAGAAGAUUGCAUAAAUUCACAAUCUAUAAUAUAGAUAAGAUUUUCCAUCUUAACAGAGUUCAUAUUGUACAUUGUAACCUUCAUAUUGUACCACAGAAAAUCUCAGGAUUAUUUUACACUAAAAAAAUGGCACAAGAGGUUGAAGAAACUAUGAAACGAAUUCAGUCUCAUAAAGGAGUAGUUGGAACGAUAGUAGUAAAUGCAGAAGGUAUUCCGAUAAAGUCAACAUUAGACAACACAACAACGGUUCAAUAUGCAGGCUUGAUAAGCCAAUUGUCAGACAAAGCUCGUUCUGUUGUGCGUGACUUGGAUCCAACAAAUGAUUUAACUUUCUUGCGUAUACGUAGCAAAAAACAUGAGAUUAUGGUCGCGCCAGAUAAGGAAUUCAUAUUAAUAGUAGUACAAAAUCCAGUUGAUUGAUAUUUAAAAGAAACAGAAAUAUAUUUCAAAUUUAAGAUUUAUUUCUUUGAUUGUUAAUCUAUUCUAUAUGCUACAUUUUAAUAUAUUGAAUUAGAAAUUGAAAGAGUAAUGUAACAUGUAACACAUAAAUAUUAAUUUAAUA